GUUGCUUUCCCUAUACUUCAAAUGGCUCAGAAAGUAAUCUCUUGUGCAGAGAAUCAUUACAGAAUCCACAUUUACGAACCUUGACCGCCAUUGAAGCACCUCAUUCUUCAUUUCCUCUGGUUUUUUUUCCUGGACUCUGUUAAUCUUUCUUUGCAAAAAAAAGACCAACAACAGAGACAGAGCAGAGCCUCUCUUCUUUGACCCAGAAGUCAGAAUUCCCUUUUUUGAGAGAAAACCCAAUUUGGGUUUUGUCUUUCUCUUGAGGAGGAGUAACUCAAGGGAGUGAGAAUUUGAUUGAAUUAACCAAGUGGGUAGUUGUUGUUUUUUCUGAAUUCGAACUGGGUUCCUUUGGAAGUGUUGGAAUUGGUGCACUCCAUGGAGGCAAUUGCAGGAACGGGAGCUAGAUCUAUCCAUAAGGCGCCGGAAGAAGAGUUGACAGCCCUGGAAUCGCUUCAAUUCACGGAUGAAAUCCACCUGUUGAUGGCUGCGCCGCCGGAUAGCUCGAGUUCCUUCACUGCCUUACUCGAGCUGUCAGCCCCACAAGCUGUGGAACUACUUCACUUACCGGAAUCCGCUAAUCUUAUCUCUAACGACAGCUAUAAACCGACCCAGAUGGACGAUUUCAAGGGGAGCCUUCAUUUCCCUACGGAUAUUGCUUUGAUCGAGAGAGCUGCGAGACUCUCUGUGUUUGCUGGCGAGAGUAACAACAAGCAUAGCAACAGUGAAAAGAAUUCGGCGGAGACGGCGUCGGAUAAUUCCAGCGCGGAUCCCGAGAAGGCGGUCAAAAGUGAGCCGGCGGAGACGGAGUAUUCGCAGCCGUCGGGUUCUGAUCCGACGGUGCAUAAGAAGUCUGUGAAGAGGAAGGAGCGAGAAAAGAAGGCUAAAGGGUCGGCUAAGAAGAGCAAGACUGCCGCAAAUGAGAGCUCCGACGACGCCGAGCAGCUCCCUUAUGUUCAUGUCCGAGCUCGCCGUGGCCAAGCCACCGAUAGUCAUAGCUUAGCAGAAAGAGCAAGGAGGGAGAAGAUUAAUGCUAGGAUGAAGUUGCUGCAGGAGCUAGUCCCUGGUUGCAGCAAGAUUUCUGGUACAGCAUUGGUGCUUGAGGAAAUCAUCAAUCAUGUGCAGUCUCUACAGCGUCAAGUGGAGUUCUUAUCAAUGAGACUUGCAGCAGUUAACCCAAGAAUUGAUUUCAACUUUGAUAGCAUAUUCACUCCAGAAUACAUGCAGGCUACAUCUCUAGUGGAUAGUAACUUCCCCAGCAUGGUUAUGCCUGUGAUGUGGCCUGAAGCCCAAGUAGGUGGAAACAGACAACAAUGUCAACAACAAUGGCACCUGGAUAUACUCCACCAGCCUGGUUGGGAAAGAGAAGAGGUCUGCCAUAACUACAUUACUCCUGAGAACUCUCUUUUAAGCUAUGACUCUUCGACAAAUUCAGCAACUUUGCACUCAAGUCAAUCAAAAAUGGAGCUUUGAAGGCAGAUUGAGAUUCCACUGGUAGAUAUUAUUUGAAAGAGGUUCUGCUAGUAGCUAGUGUUUGUAAAUAUUAUCAUAUCUAAUAGUAUCAGAAGUUAGCAUGAAGUAGAGGAGAGGCUUCUACAUUGAUCCUGGGUUUCCAUGUCUUCAAUUUAUCGCAAGUCAGCUGGAAACCCUGAUUCCAUUCCACUGGAGACAAGAAAUUUCAACUAUCAUUUAUCUUAUAUCCAAGAUUGAUUGACUCAUAUUGUAAAACUAAGAUGAUGGAACUGUGGCUUAACUAUUAUAUUAUGGAACAUGGCUUCUUGCCUUCUUCAUCUCUUGUUGAUGAGAUAGGAUCCUAAAUUCCUUGUUUUUGUAUGUUCCAUUCUUUUUCUUUAUUUCUUUUUUUGUGGCCAAGCUAUUCUUAAGUGAGUUUCCAUGUAUUUUGAGAUUAAUUCAUCCUUAGUUUGAUCAAAGAUAAAUCAUCCAUCUUAGA